AUGAAGAAUAAUGGAAGAGUGCAAGUGUACGAGAAAUUAUGUUAAUGCCUUACAACUCUGGAGCUGAGGAGAUACAAUCAUCAUGCAAGAACUCCCGAAAAGGACAUCACUUUGAUCAAGGAGUAAAUCAAUCAGGUAUGAUUAAAUGAUAAAUCUAAAAACAAGUAUCUUAAACAGCAUUUCAAGACACUUUGUUACUCGACAGAAUUGCGAAAGACUCUCAAGAAGAUAAUCCUCUAGGGGGAAUUGCAUGAAAUGAACUACAACUGGUAAUUCUUUGUUUUCAUUGCUUUAGGGUGUUAUUGGAGUUGUCUGGGGCAAGAACAAAGAGAGUUUAAAAUCCUGAUGUGUAUGAUUAGGUCAUCAAACUGAGAAAUGACUAUCCACAGUCUUAUUUUUAAACAAUUUAAUUGGUAUUCUUGCCAAAUUAAAAUUAGAGGAUGUUGUAAGAACUGUGUCACCCUCUUUGAGAAUUCAGAAUAACGAGAGAGUUUACGAGAGGAAUCACGAAUACGAAGCCAAAAUAGAAAGGAUUUUGGUUGCAUAUUCUAUUAGAAAUCCAUUUGUCUCCUAUUGUCAAGGUUUAAAUUUCAUUACGCACUUUUUGGUAAAUAAAUUAAAAUUUUCGGAAGAGGACGUAAAUAAUCAUACCUAAAUAAAUAGACCUUUUGGGCAUUGAGUUCAUUGAUCGAAGAGAUAAUGCCAUUGGAUUAUUACACAAAUAUGAUAAGUGUCAUGGUAGACACCAAAAUCCUUGAGUAUUUCAGUAAAAUCUAUGUGCCUGAAUUACUCUAGCAUUUCAAAGAGAUCUAUUUGGAAGCCAACUUUUAUGCCAUACAAUGGUUUGUGUGUUUGUUUACUCCAAAUCUGCAUUUUGACAUAGUUAAAGAAAUCUGGUUGAGAGUGAUGGUACAAGGAAAUAGAGCCUUGAUAGCCUCAGCGAUUGCCAUCUUGUUUAUUUUUGAAAAAGAAUUAAUGAAGUUCUCAGAUUUCGGAGAUCUGUUGGAAUUCUUUAAGAAGAAUCUCAAAGAAUACAACAACAUACAGGAAUUCAGAUUUAUUGUGAAUCAAAUCUAAAUAAAGAAAAAGCCUCUCUUUGAAGCCAGAGAUAUGUUCAGAAAGAUUCUGGAGAAAGAACAUGAGUAGAGUCUUGGGAAUGAAUCUCCUAGUUUGGGAAGAGUGACAUGCAAUCCCCAAUGGACUGUUUGCAAUCAAGUCAUGCAUUUGAAUAAAACUCUAAAAAGAUCAUUCUCCUUCUUUGUCUAUUCCCAGAAGGAACCUUGCAGAGUGAUCAAUGACUAUUGGGAUAGAUAUGAUGAUUCCAGUAGUGUUUGUAGCAGUACAGCAUCUAGUCCCAAGAAGAAGAAAUAGAAGGAGUAGGGACCUUAAGUGCUCCUUGGAAGGCAGUUCCAUAUUUGUUAGAACAACGACUUAGAUGAGAAUGAUAAAUAUUUAUAUCGCUCUACUUUGUUGGUGCAUCAAGACUUAAACUCAGAAAUACAAAGUAAUGAGGAUGAAGAGGAGGAGGAGGAGGAGACUAUAGAGAACUAUGAGAGCAUUAAAUCGAUUGAGUAAGACAAUGGUCGAGGCAGAUCUGUAACAAUGAAUAGAUACAUGCCUCGAUUGAGUGAACAAGGCUAUGAUGGAUUCUAUAAAUAGGCUGUUUAUAUGAUGAAGUAAUAACAGCCUGCAGAACCUAGGAAAAUUAGUGGGGAAUUAAAGUUAUUUCCUGAAACUAAAAAUGAAUAGGUUUAACAAAAAUUUAGAGUGGCUAGAUAAAGUAUUAGUAGCAUUGCUUUUGCUACUUAAUUUGUUCAAAAGUGAAUGAAC